GAGGCGGAUCAUAUUUAAACAGAAGAAGAAGAAGAAGAAGUGCUAUCGCUCCGGAAGUGAUACUAGAAGAAGCUGUCGGCGGUCUAGCUGUUGUUAGCAGAGCUUCAGGAUGAGCAGCCAAGGAGGUGAAGAGAGCUGCAGCGGAGCAGCUGGAAAUGCCAGAGAACAGGGAGAGGAGGAAUUCUACAACUGCCACGAGACUCUGGAGCCUCCAUGCCCGAGAGAGGAGGAGCAGGAGGCCCAACAGGAAGCAGCAGGGUUGGAGGACUUUCACGUUAAAACUGAGACACUAAAUUACAGAAGAGACUACACAGAGACUGAGACAGGAGGACUGGAGAGGGAGCAGCAGCAGGAGCAGGAGGAGGAGGAGGAGGAGGAGGAGCAGCAGCAGCAGCACGAGGAUUCAGACAUAAAGGAGGAAGACAUCCAGGUGGUUGAGUUUGAUGAUGACUACCUGAGGGAGGUGGAGAAGGAGCUGACAGAGGAGGAGAAGGAGAGUCGACGGCAGCAGAGUUGUACACUGAAGGAAAAAGGAAACUGCCAGUUUAAAUCUGGAGACUGGGUGGAGGCAGAGCGCAGCUACACGGAGGCACUGGGUUUAUGCCCGGUUUGUUUCAGCAGAGAGAGAGCCGUGCUGUUUUCCAAUAGAGCUGCUGCAAAACUGCACCUGGAUCUGAAGGACCAGGCAAUUGCAGACUGCACUAGAGCGAUCGAGCUGAAUCCUGACUAUGUGCGGGCAUUACUGAGGAGGGCAGAGCUUUACGAGCAGACAGAGAAGCUGGACGAAGCUCUGGAGGACUACAAAAAGGUUCUGGACCAGGACCCGAACCAGACUGUUGCCAGACAGGCUUGCAUGAGGUUACCUCAGCAGAUUCAGGAGAGAAAUGAGAAGCUGAAGGAGGAAAUGAUCAGUAAACUGAAGGACCUUGGGAACAUGAUCCUGAGGCCAUUUGGACUUUCCACUAACAACUUCCAGGUGAACCAGGAUCAGGACACUGGAUCAUACUCAAUCAACUUCGUCCAGAACACCAGCAACAACAACAGAUGACAUCACGGCCAUCAUUCAGUCAAACCCUUGUGUGUUUAAAGUAAAAUGCAUUUUGACAUGUUUCUGGUGGUGGUGGUCUGUAAAGUACAGAUGGCAGGUUCAGGUUUUCUGCUUAUUGCAUGAAGUUAAUUUUUAAUUUAACGUUACACAGGAAGCUGAGUCUGAAUGCCACUUCAUCACUUUAAUACACAGUGUACAAACA